AUGUCUCUCACAAUACCCAACGCCCCUAAUGCUGGCCUCUUCAAGCAGGGCUAUCAAAACUACGACGCCGAAGAUGGCGCUGUUAUUCGCAAUAUUGACGCCUGCCGCACGAUCGCCCAGACUGUCCAGACUUCUCUGGGCCCCUAUGGCCGCAACAAGAUCGUCAUAAACCACCUCCAGAAGAUGAUCCUGACCUCAGACGCUGCAACGAUACUGCGGGAACUCGAGGUUGUGCACCCCGCGGCAAAGUUGGUCGUCAUGGCCAGCCAGCAGCAGGAGGCGGAAAUGGGCGAUGCGACAAACUUGGUCAUCGUCCUCGCGGGCGAACUGCUGAAGAAGGCUGAGGAGCUGAUUCGGAUGGGUCUUAAGACAAGUGAUAUUGUCUUGGGCUACGAGAAGGCACAGAACGCUGCCCAGCAGACUCUAGAGGAACUUGUAUGCGACAAGGUCGAAGACAUCCGGUCACAAGAAGAGCUCAGCAAGGCAAUCCGCACAGUCGUCGCAGCCAAGCAGUCGGGCAGCGAAGACUUCCUCGCUGGCCUCGUCGCCGAAGCCGUCCUCGCCGUCCUCCCCAAGAACCCCACCAACUUCAACGUGGACAACGUCCGUGUAGUCAAGAUCAUGGGCGGCAGCCUAGAGCAGAGCAAGGUCGUCAAAGGCAUGGUUUUCGCAAGACAGCCGGACGGUAUCGUCACAAAAGCGACCAAGGCCAAAGUCGGCGUAUUCUCCUGUCCAAUAGACAUCUCACAGACCGAGACCAAGGGCACGGUGCUGCUACACAAUGCCAAAGAAAUGAUGGACUUUACAAAGGGCGAGGAACAGCAGGUCGAGCAGGUCAUUAAAGAGCUUCACGACUCCGGGAUGAGGGUAGUGGUUGCUGGGUCAACUAUUGGAGAGCUGGCACUGCACUACCUCAACCGCUACAACAUCCUCGUCAUUAAGGUUCUUUCCAAGUUCGAACUCCGCCGGUUAUGCCGCGUGGUUGGUGCUACACCGCUCGCUCGUCUCGGAGCACCCAUGCCAGAUGAGAUGGGCACCGUCGACAUCGUCGAGACACUAGAGAUCGGCGGCGAUCGCGUAACGGUAUUCAGACAAGAGAACGAGCAGACACGGACAGCGACCCUCGUCCUACGGGGCGCUACCCAGAAUCACCUCGAUGACGUAGAGCGUGCCAUCGAUGACGGUGUCAACGUUGUCAAGGCCAUCACCCGCGACCCGCGAUUAGUACCCGGUGCCGGAGCGACAGAGAUGCAGCUCAUCGAGAGGAUCAAGGCCAUCGCAGACAGGACAUCUGGACUCGCGCAGUACUCGAUCCGCAAAUACGCUGAAGCUUUCGAGGUCAUCCCAAGAACUCUCGCCGAGUCAGCAGGCCUCGAUGCAACAGAAGUACUCGCGAGGUUGUACGUUGCACAUGCCGCCCAGAAGGGCCGAAAGGACGAUGAGUGGUCUGUUGGUGUUGAUAUCGAGAAUGAUGACAACACUGGUACCCUUGAUGCCAAGAAGGAGGGCAUCUUGGAUCUCUGGGUCAGCAAGAGUUGGGCCAUAAAACUGGCCACUGAGGCUGCAAGGACGGUUCUUAGCGUCGAUCAGAUCAUUGUUGCAAGGCAAGCCGGUGGGCCGAAGAUGCCUGGAAAGGCACAGCAGGGCAACUGGGAUCAGGACGACUAA